CUGGAACCUUCGGCCGCGCGCUCGCGCCGACCCGCCGGCACCCAGGCCGCAGCGCCGCGCCUGGGUAAGCUUCCAGCCUGUCUGCCUCAGUUUAUGUCCUGACCAUGGAUGGCAGCAUGGUAUGUGGUGUUCCAAGAGGUUCAUUGACUUUAUAAUCACUUUUCCACCCUGAUAAAUCUAGGAGAAUACACAGGCAAAAUGAGCCAUUCUUCGGUCUUAGCUCCAUGGCAGUUGUGUGAUCGUGGGCAGAAGAGAAUGGAAGGACUUCAGAGGAGCAGAUACGGGACUAUGGCUGAAGGCAGAACAGAACACACGCGGUCUGCAGCCUCGUCCUCACUGAGGAUCGUCCUGGUGGGCAAAACAGGCUGCGGGAAAAGCGCCACCGGGAACAGCAUCCUCGGCCAGCCAGUGUUUGAGUCCAGGCUGGGGGCCCAGUCGGUGACCAGGAAGUGCCAGGGGGCCACGGGCACGUGGAACGGGAGGAGCAUCCUGGUGGUGGACACGCCCCCCAUCUUUGAGGCGAGGGCCCAGGACCAGGAGGUGUACGAGAACAUUGGGGACUGCUACCUGCUCUCGGCCCCGGGGCCUCACGUGCUGCUGCUGGUGACCCAGCUGGGGCGCUUCACAGAGCAGGACGUGGUGGCCGUGACCAGGGUGAAGGAGGUCUUCGGGGCGAGAGCCCUGAGACACAUGGUCAUCCUGUUCACCCACAAGGAGGACUUAGCGGAUGGAUCCUUGCAUGACUACGUAGCCAACACAGACAACCUGAGGCUGAGGGGCCUGGUCCGGGAGUGCGGGCAGAGGUACUGCGCCUUCAACAACCGGGCGUCCGGCGACGAGCGGGGGGAGCAGCUGGCCGGGCUGAUGGCCGUGGUCGAGGGGCUGGAGAGGGAGCACCAGGGCGCCUACCUCAGCAACGACCUCUUCUUUGAUGCACAGCGGCUCCAGCAGGGCGGGGGCGACCCCCACGGGGAAGGUCACGUGCGCUACCUGGCCAAGGUGCGGUCGCAUGUUGCAAAGCAAAAGCAAGACCUGAAAGAGGCCCAGAGAAACCGUGUCUUCAAGGCACUCCUCCGAGUCAAAAACUGGAUCACUUCUCACAUCAGAAUAUUUGCUGUUCUUGUUAUAUGCUUUUUGAUUUUUCUUGCCAUUUUAAUUAGCUUGUGUAGUACUCACGAAUGCUGAGCAUUUUCAGAGGAUACCUGCCAUCAGCUUCCAUUUUUUCAGAGUCAGCGUCUUUAUCUAUGUUGAUAAGGAACUUUAUUUGCUUUUUACAUAAUUUCACUUUCAAUGUCCCUUCCUUGCAUCAGACACACCAUCCAUUUUCUUCAGUUGCUUUUUAUUUUCCAUCCACCUGACCCAUCCGUAGAUCAGUCUAGAGCAGCCUGUUGCCUGAUGUCUGGAAACAGUUCUUUUACACAGGCAUACCUCGGAAACAUCGCAGGUUUGGUUCCAGACCACCACGACAGAGUGACUAUCAAAAGUAUCACACCAGGCUUCCCUGGUGGCGCAGUGGUUGAGAAUCUGCCUGCCAAUGCAGGGGACACGGGUUCAAGCCCUGGUCUGGGAAGAUCCCACAUGCCACGGAGCAACUAGGCCCGUGAGCCACAAUUACUGAGCCUGUGCGUCUGGAGCCUGUGCUCCGCAAUAAGAGAGGCCGCAAUAAUGAAAGGCCGGCGCACUGCGAUGAAGAGUGGCCCCCACUUGCCGCAACUAGAGAAAGCCCUCACACAGAAAUGAAGACCCAACACAGCCAUAAAUAAAUAAAUAAAUAAAAAUUGUAUAACUUUAAAAAAAAAAAAGUAUCACACCAAGUUCUUGGUUUCCCUGUGCACAUAAAAGUUAUGUUUAUGCUACACUGUAGUCUAUUUAGUGUGCAAUAGCAUUUUGUCCAAAAAACAAUGUAUAUACCUGAAUCUAAAAUUACUUUACUGCUAGCCAUCAUCUGAGCCUUCAGUGAGGCAUAAUCUUUUUGCUGGUGGAGGGCCUUCCUCCAUGUUGAUGGCUGCUGACUGAUCAAGGUGGUAGCUGCUGUUGUGGGGCAGCUGUGACAAUUCCUUAAGAUAAGACAGCAGUGGAGUUUGCCACAUCAAUUGACUCUUCCUUUCACAAAUGAUUUCGCUGUAGCACAUGAUGCCAUCUGAUAGCAUUUUACCCACCGUAGAACUUCUUUCUACGAGUGGGUAGAAAGAAGAAUUGGAAUCAGUGCUCUCAAACUCUGCUGUUGCCUUAUCAAUUAAAUUUAUGUAAUAUUCUAAAUCCUUUGUUGUCACUUCAACAGUGUUCACAGCACCUUCACCAGUAGAUUCCAUCUCAAGAAACCGCUGUCUUUGCUCAUUCCUAAGAAGCAACUCCUCAUCUGUUAAAGUUUUAUCAUGAGGUUACAGCAAUUCAAUCGCAUCUUCAGUCUCCACUUCUAAUUCUAGUUCUCUUGCUGUUUCCACCACAUCUGCAGUCACUUCUUCCACUAAAGGGUUGAGCCCCUCAAAGUCGCCCAUAAGGUUUGGAAUCAGCUUCUUCCAAACUCCUGUUAAUGUUGAUAUUUUGACCUCUUCCCAUGAAUCAUGAAUAGUCUGAAGGGCAUCUAGAAUGGUGAGUCCUUUCCAGAAGUUUUUCAAUUAACUUUGCCCAGAUCCAUCAAAGGAAUCACUAUCUAUGGCAGCUAUAGCUUUACGAAAUGUAUUUCCUAAAUAAUAAUACUUGAAAGUCAAAAUUACUCCUUCAUCCAUGGGCUACAGAAUGGAUGAAAUCUCAAACUGCUUAGAACUGCUUUUGCUGCAUCCCAUAGGUUUUGGGUCAUUGUGUUGUCAUUUGUUUCUAUGUAUUUUUUUAUUUCUUCUUUGAUUUCUUCAGUGAUCUCUUGGUUAUUUAGUAGCACGCUGUUUAGCCUCCAUGUUUGUGUGGCUUUUACAGUUUUUUUCCUGUAAUUGAUUUCCAAUCUCAUAACAUUGUGGUCAGAAAAGAUGCUUGAUACGAUUUCAAUUUUCUUAAAUUUUCCGAGGCUUGAUUUGUGACCCAAGAUGUGAUCUAUACUGGAGAAUGUUCCGCAUACACUUGAGGAGAAAGUGUA